AUGACUGUCCGGUAUAGCGUAUGGCUGAUCUUAGUAGUCACCGCAGCCUGUCCUCCGAUCCCUGGUUUAACCACCAGUACAUAUUUCAUGGAUUUCACCCAACAAACGACGACCCCUCCGGACUGGAUCCUUGCGGACUAUGCAAAGGUGGAUUACGCCUCCCCCAACGGUGCGAACUUCACAAUCGCCAAACGGAAAGAGGCCCCUUAUAUCUGGUCCCGCUUCUACGUUCACUUCGGUCGCAUUGAGGUCGUGAUGAAGGUUGCUACAGGUGGAGGCAUCAUUACAGGCGCAGUGAUGAUGUCUGACGACCUGGAUGAGAUCGACUGGGAAUUUUCGGGCAACAACUUCGGUAAAAGUAGCGGCUCCGUCUUGACCAAUUAUUUCGGCAAAGGUCAAAUUGGUUGGUCCGAUCGCGGUGCUUACCCUGCAGUUGACGCUCCUCAGGAUAAAUUCCACACAUAUGCUCUCGACUGGCAACCUGACCGCUUGGUCUGGUCCAUUGACGGUGUCACGGUGAGGACGCUGAACAACAACGGGGCAACCACUGGUUCGUACCAAUACCCACAAACGCCAUCUCGGCUCCAUCUGGGUAUGUGGUGCGCCGGAGACCCAGACCAGGCCCCGGGUACGGUCCAGUGGGCUGGUGGCUACACCGAUUUCAGCACCGCUCCAUUUUCUGCCUUUGUCAAGUCCGUUCGAAUCACGCCCAGGAACGCUUGCUCCAGCUACAACUACCCUUAUCCGUUCGAUGGGACGUACAAAUCAGUGCAGUGCUCAAAUCAGACAGUUACCCUGCCUUGCACAUACGCAGUUGUCGCAGGCGACGACGGCGAUAAGAUCGCGAAGAAGUUGACGGUCAACUUUGAUACUCUGAAGAGUGUUAAUCCCGGGGCAGGUCUUGACGGUUCCUGGUGGGACCUGCACAACAUCUUCGACCACUACUUCGAUGCCAUCGACAAGCAGCACUUCCUCUUCAGCCACUCCAGUCUCAACUACUUCCUCAUCAGUGCCAACUACCACCACAUCAGCACGAACCACAUCGACUUCUUCGAGCAGAACGAUUACUUCUAA